AUGGAGGCGCAAUCAUAUCCUUCGGCUCAGUACCGCUCGAGCUCGCAGGCUGGCUGGGAUCUGGGCUUUGCUCCCACUUCGUGGCAAGCAAGUUCCAGAAGCGACUUGCACGAUCACGGUGUGCCAAAGAUGAGCACUUGGAACCGUUAUACACCGCAACCCACACACCAAGCGAGUGGAUAUGAUCGCUACGAUUCUUACAGACCUCAGCAUGCUUUCCACGCGAGUGAACAUGAUCGCUACGAUCCGUACAGACCUGGGUAUGCGUUUGAGGCGAGUGGACUUGAUCGCAUCGAUUCGCACAGACCUCACUAUGGGUCUCAGGCAAGUGAACAUGAUCGCUACGAUUCUUACAGACCUCAAUGUGGGUCUCAGGCAAGUCAACACGAGCGCUACGAUUCUUACAGACCUCAGUAUACACCUCAGGCGAGCGCACAGCCUACGUGGAUGUCUACUGUAAAGGAUGGAAGAGUCACCAAGGCGAAGAGUCGUAGCAGUGGUAUUGCGGCUGCGCUUGUUCGCGAAGGAGAAGUAAUUGGUGCCAAGGCAGCACCUAUUGGUACCGAUAGCCCUGGGCGUCGUUUGCUGGCAAAGAUGGGUUGGUCAGAGGGGACUGCGCUCGGAAAGCAUCGCGAUGGUAGGCUUGCGCCUGUCGAGCAAGUGAUGCGCUUUUCUCACACAAAGGUCGGCAUUCAGUAG